CGUGACUUCCUGUUCAUUCGCCUGUUCAUGAGUAACGCUUCAGAAUUCCAGCAUAUUAACAGCAAUAUAACUAAGGCAUAUUAAUGGCUAAGGCAUUGGCCUCUUGAGCCAGGGAUCUUGGGUUCGAGUCCCGUCUGGGGUGAAACCAGAAGCAGUCAAGAAGGACAGAGUUAGUCAGAAGAUAUGCAUUAAACUUCAUCCUUAUUUCAUUACCAGUUACCUAUUUUAAAUGUGAGACUUUUACAAAUGAAAUACUUUUAUUCACCUAAACAUUUAACAGGCUUUGUCAUUUCUAAUGCCAAAUCUGUAAAACUAAUUUUAUCUAUACAACCACGUCAUCCAACAAUGCAUGUAUUUAAAAUGUAUUUUAUCAAAAAAAAGUUCUUGUGUCGCAUGUGUACCCAGUUUUGACUGUUGUAGUGAGUCUGCGCAUUGUAGGACCUGCUGGUGGGGAAACCGGAAAUCAGUCAUUAGCGUUGCCAGAUUGGUUGUGUAGUUAUAUUUUUUUGUUAAGCAGAAUGCUAAACAAGACUUCAGAAUGGUGGACACAAUACGUCUAGCCUGUUAUGUCAUUUGAUAUUGUGUAGUUUAUAGUCGUAUGGGCUGUGAUUUAUAUCUUGACUUAUCUCAUAUCAUCUGCUCCAAUCUGGCAACCCGGACAAAGAGCGAGGCGUUUAAAGCUGCGAGCAUCAACGCCACAGUCAGAGACACAGAGAGCGGGAGAGCAUCCGAGGAAUUCAAAUAGUAUACAACUUAGCUGUUAAAAUCACUGUCAAAUACAUAUAAUAUAUAUCAGCAGUCAUUCACUGCCUAAUGGCUACGGCUACGAAGGAUAAAGGGAAGCCGGUACUUAGGGAUGUAACUGAAAACGCAUCCAGUUCGGCACACAGCAUCCAACAGAAUAAUAACAACAACAACAAUAAUAACAACAACAACAAAGACAGCGAAGGAAAUGAUGGAACGACGUCCACGUCUGCACCGAUCGACACAGAGAGUGUUAGACAAGGGUCCGGAUCCGGGGUCACCGCGAGCGCCAAAUGGGUCCGGCUCAAUGUCGGCGGUACCGUGUUCCUAACGACGCGCCAGACACUGCUCAAAGAGCAAACAUCCUUCCUGUACAGACUGUGCCAGCAGCAAGACCUGCAUUCUGACACGGAUGAAACAGGCGCCUACGUGAUCGACAGAGAUCCCACAUACUUUGGCCCUAUACUCAACUACCUCCGUCACGGGAAACUGGUUUAUAACAAGGAACUGGCUGAAGAAGGUGUCUUGGAGGAGGCAGAGUUUUAUAACAUCACUCCACUGAUUAAACUAAUUAAAGAGAGGAUUCUUGAGCGAGACUGUAAGGCCUCUCAGCAGGUACCUCCGAAGCAUGUCUACAGGGUUUUGCAGUGUCAGGAGGAGGAGCUGACGCAGAUGGUGUCCACAAUGUCAGAUGGCUGGAAGUUUGAGCAGAUGGUGAAUAUUGGCUCAUCGUACAGCUAUGGUACAGAGGACCAGGCAGAGUUCCUCUGUGUUGUUUCCAAAGAACUGCAUACAUCUGGUGGAGGCCUGGGGACUGAGCAGAGCCACAAGAAUAAGGCAUCAGACACUCAAGUGGAGGAAGGAGAAAAGGAGGAGAAGAAAGAGGAAGACGAGAGAGAAAGAAAUGCCACCCCAAAUGAGUGGUUUUAGAGAUUAGGAGACUUGUGUCAUUGUUCCAAUGACAGAAAUGGCUUUUCCAGAUUCAUGGAUCCCGGAUGUAAAUUAUACAUCUUUUUUUUGUAUUGUAUUGUAAUUAUUAUUUUUUUCAAUAUCAGUAGAUAAACCAGCAGCUGAAAAAAUAAUCAGGAAUGCAGAUGGAACUGUGGGUGCUGUAGCUGGAGAAAGUAUUAUUGUUUAAGCAAGAAAAGAUAAUAGAUCUUACAAAACCUGUGACCAAAGGGCAACGAGUGGUAAAACUCUUCUACCAUUAGUGUAAUGAAAAGGGAUUAAAAAAAAAUUAAACCUGGUCCAUGAUUCAGCAUUCACUCACUAGAAUAUCUUACUCCUACCAUAAUCUUAUAUCAGCAAUAUGAAGAUUGUUGUAAGCAUCUUGACAAAAUUAUGAAAUGCGAAAUAAUUCGUAUUUUUGUGUGAAUAUGGCUGUGAAAAUGUGACUCAUAUAAAGAUAUGUGAAUGUGAAUCAUACAGGCACGUAGCCUGAACACCAUGUAAUGAAAAGUAGACUUGCUGUUAUACAUUAUUCUGUGCCGGGUGCUGAAUUUCUCCAGUGUUGUGGGUGGUUUGUCUAAAAUUACCAUCAUAUAAUGUGAUACUUACAACAGGGUCUGGUUUUAAAGCUAUAUUAUAAGAUUAUGUGAUGCCCUUUUGUCUUGCAUUUAUUAUGAUAUUAAAAACUCAUUUUAAUUCUGAAGUACAAUAACUCAGUUCAACCAGAAAUUCAGUUAUUUAAAAACAAGUCCAAAAUUCAGCACAAGAUCAAAACUGAGCUAUAACUGAGCAUGUUCAUUACAUACUCAAGUGUUGCAAAUGUUCAUUUUUUUAGAGAUAUGAGAGAAACUUAAGUGUGUGAAGUGAGAGGUUUCACCAUUAAAAGACCAUUUUUAAGCACUUACAAUGUUACAGUGACACAUUUUUAUAUUCAUUCUCAAUAUUUUAGCCAGAUGGCAAUCGUAAUCAUAAUCAUGUCCUAGGCUUUAGGUUUGUAUGUGUUAUAGGUCGUAUAGGUUAUACUGAGUGUAGAAUGUUAUUUGUGAAUGUAUAGAAUGCCUUCAUAUAGAAAGCCAUCCAAUUUUGUAUGACAACACAAUAUACACUAAUGCAUCAGAAUGGUAUUUUCUUUCUUUGAUUAAUGCAGUGUAGUUUAUUUAUUCUUUCUUUUAAAUGUUUCAAUUUUGGCUUAUUAUUUCAUUCAUUCUAAAUGUAUACUUACUAAAACAAAGUUGUGGUCCUGUACACUGUACAUGAAUUUGAGGUGAGAAACUUAUUGCUCAAGCUCACUUUUCUUCCACCUUCCUGACGGAAAAUUUUAUUUUAUUUUAACAGCAAACGUUGCAUAAAUAUUCUUUAUGUUAAAAUCAUAAUCUUGAGCCACACCUAUUAGGUCUGGAUCACUACCAGUCAUGAACUAAUAGACUAAAGUGCUUUGUUUUGUUUGAUUAUAUAUUGAUUCUUUUGGGAAAUUUUGAGUGCUGAAUAUCAAUUUAUAUGUUUUUUGUUAAUGGUGUUGGUAAGAGAUUAUCAGUAAAGGACACAGGAGUUCUUUUUCGGUCAAAAAAAGAAUAUCUCACCAGUUUCCAGCCGCUUUAAAAGGAACACCUGGACACAUGCUAAUUCCUGCAAUUUUCCAAACACACAAUACCAAAUACAGGCCUGGAGCUUUUGAUAGACCAUGGCAUUCACACACAACAGUCUCUAUUAAAAGAAAUCCAGUGAGUAGUGCUUCUGUGGUUAGAAAAGCCUUCUUACAGUCUACAAGGCAGGCUACAGGCUACAGUCACUCAAAUAACCACUCUUUACAAUCGUAUUAAGCACAAA